AUGAAGACUCUUUUGCUAACUUUGGCUGCACUGGUCCUCUCAUCCCAGGUCAUUGCAGGCAGCACUGAAAAAUGCUGGAGUCUUCAUGGCAACUGCCGUGACACAUGUUCCAGGAAUGAAAAAGUAUAUGUUUUCUGCCUGAGUGGUAAACUGUGCUGUGUGAAGCCCAAGUUUCAGCCAAAUAUAUCGCCACAGUUAAUUAAAGCUUGA